AUCAUUUUCAUCAUGGCUCCUGCACUCCACAACUACCUGUUUAUUCAGCUAAUAGUCCUCCCUAAAGGGCUCUCUCAGUUGGUGAGAACACAGCAGGUUGUCACAGCAACCCUGGGAGAAGAUGCAGUCUUAACCUGUGAGCUCAUGACACCCAAAGACGUGCGGCAAGUCACCUGGCAGAAAGAGACAACUGGGGCGAAUGAAAAUGUGGCCACUUACAGCAAACGAGGUCCCAAUGUCAACCCACCUUUUCAGGGGAAAGUGGAGUUUGAAGAUGAGGGACUGCAGAACUGCUCUAUCGUCAUCAGAGGAGUGUCAAGAGGAGACGAGUCCUGCUACAAGUGUCUGUUUAACACCUUUCCAGAUGGACCUAUCAGUGGAAGGACCUGUCUCAAAGUAAAUGAGCUGUAUGGACCCUCACUCCUCAUCACACAAACCAACAACAGUCACACCACUCUGUUCUGUUCUGCUACUGGACGACCUGUUCCUAUAGUGACCUGGGAAGACACAGAAAUUCUAGAAAAUUCUACAAUGGUCAAUGUCACCCAUCUCAAUGGAACUGUCACUGUCACCAUAACUUCCACGCUGGCAGCAUUCAGUCUACCUGACAAAGACACCAGGGUUGGCUGCAUGGUGUCACUGUUCUCUGGAGGUGUCACCAAGAACGUAUCCAUGGUUAUUCCAGCUAGCAAUCAAGCUUCAUUUGCUGGUGUACCUGAGAUCACUGAUGGUGACAGGAUCAGUGUUAAACCAACAGGGAUUGGUGCAGUGAUGGGUUCACUGUGUUUCAUUGCUGUGUGCUGUGGAGCUGCUGUGGCACUGUGCUGCAAACAGAGAAAUACAAUGAGAAGCCAAUGAGAGAGAACAGGAAGAACCAUCAACACUCAACCCUCAACAUGAUGAUCCUGAAAUAUUUUUAUGAUUUCAAGUAAACAGUGU